AUGUCAAUAUCCGAACGAGACGAGUGGAUCCUUUCCCAAACAGCAACUGAGUUGGAGGAAUUGAGAGACGAGGACGACUUAAUCCAUCUUGACGAAGCCAUCACCUUUUGCAACUACCUCGACGGAGAGAUAACAGCCACAGCGGCUGCACAAAACAUCACCGUCAUGCUGCGGCCAGCAAUGCAGCACUGUGAAUACAAGCCCCAUGGUACACAACGCAUAAUGUCUUUUAUUAUUUACUACUUGUGGCGAUUCUACGACGACUGGGAAAAGAUCCUAGAUCUCCUAGUCGCUCUUCAGAACCUCCCCUCUGUUCCCGGCGUGCCUUGGUCGAGAUUGCCACGAUUCAGGGAAUUGUGGGAUCAAUUCUAUUUCGAGAACCGGAGAAUCAGCCAUGCCAUCUCAUUGUUCAAAAAGGUUGGGACUUUGGAAGCAAAUAUGUAUCUAAGGGGUCUAUACCCGGUGGACGACAAUUGGGCCUACAGGGCCAUCAAUUUAAUCGGGCUCGAAGGAUCGGACCUCGAACUCGUCAUUCAUGAGAUACACCCAUGGCUUGACCUCGCAGGGCCAACAUUGGUGAAAAAUAUGGAGCCAGCCCAAGUCAAGUGUUUUGACAGGGCUGUGAGGGGUCGGAGAGAAAAGACAUACAGCAUAGAAGCUACCAUGUACGAGCAUUGGGAGCACUGGAAGAAGAGAUUCUUGCAGAUCAGCUGCGAUGAAGGGUUUCUGUCACCCGAAUCCAGACUGGUGGCAGGGAAAUGUUAUGAGAUUAUGAAGGGUCUUGUCGUUGCCCAGCCUGAUCCUCCUACGGACACAUGA